AUGUCAGUGAAACGAAAAACACAACGUGUCCAUACGGGCAUGAAAAUGGUUGGCAUCAAGUCCGUCGAUGAACUGUUCAAAAUUGCUGUUUCACCACUUGCGGACUCAAUCGAAAUGCGCAACAAACUUGAGGCUGCAAUGGUGCGAAUCUUGCAUGUGUUCAGUACUCAUAAUGCUACUAUUAAUAAUAUCGGUGAUAGUAUUCAUCAGAAG